AUGUGGUUCCUCCAACCCUCAGUGGCUGCGAUCGGCCUGAUUGCCCUAUCAAACUUGCCUUCAGCUGUAGCCAAGCCAUAUCCAGUUGAGAUCCAGCAAACCCCCGAGCAAAGCCUACAGAACGAUACUCAAAUCGAGAAGAGGCAAUGCGCGGGCACUCUUUGCGGUUUCUACAAUCAGCUUUGCUGUGCUGCUGGUGAGACUUGCUACACCAACGCGAACAACGAGGCAGUUUGCGGAAAGGGACAGGCCAACCCUGGUGGAUCAUGGUCCUACUGGACUUCGACCUGGGUCGAGAGUGAGACCGUCACCAAGACCCAGGUCUUCAGUUCUUACGUCGGAGCCGCAACCCCUCAAGCUACUGCUGCCUGCAGCGACUGGCAGAACCCAUGCGGCAGCCUCUGCUGCGACAGCGGAUAUUAUUGUUUAAAGGCCGGGCAGUGUGCCUUGGUAGGAGGAGGAUCUUCUGGUGGAAUCAUUGGUACCUUGACCCCGUCCGCACCGUUACGGCCCACGAGCUCGACUCUGAUUAUCGUCACAGCCACCGGAAGUCCCACCGCAACGAAGCCAUUCUCAACUCCCAUCCCCACUGGAGUCAAUGGAACCCUAGUGGAGCAGGGACCUGGAGAUAGUGGUGGUCUAAGCGGAGGAGCCAUUGCCGGUAUCGUCAUCGGCGUGCUCCUCGGUCUACUCCUACUACUUCUCAUCUGCUUCUACUGCUGUGCCAAAUCUCUCUUCGACACCAUCCUCGCCUGCUUCGGCUGCGGCAAGAAGCGUAAGCACACCCACGAGGAAACCUACAUCGAGGAACACCACCACAGCCAUGGCGGCGCGGCUGCCGGCGGUGGUCGCACCUGGUUCGGUACUCGUCCUUCCCGCCCAGAUCGUCCAUCCGGCUCGGGCGGCUUUGGAAAUGCUUUGGGCAUCGGCGCCGGUCUUGCUGGACUGGCGCUUGCCCUAGGUUUGAAGCGCAAGCACGACGCCCGACACGACAGGCCGGAGAUGUCGAGUUACACAGGCUCUUCGGCAUACUACAGCGACUACACAAGCUCAAGUAGCGCAAGCUCAGAUGAUCGUCGAUCACGCCCUACUCGUCACUCCUCACGCCGAUAAGGGUCUUUCUUUUUCGCCUUCUUGUACAAAAGUUUCCGGGUUUCAUCUUAACUGCAUAGAUUUUGUGGCGUUACGAUUGAGCGUGCAUGUAUUUUUUCCAAGGCCUAGGCCGCAGUCUCUCCAAGGAGUUUCAGGGUGGCAGCCUUUUUCAACAUGUUUUAUAUGUGGCAAUAAUGACUGGUCAAAAUGGCCGCGGAUGGAGAAGAAUAUGGAUAUUACGACCGAUGGAUUAUGUAGAUGACCAGGCUGCCAGGAAAGGCUGUGAAUACGAUUUUUUCGAGUGGAUUUUGCUCGAUCUUGUUCUGCUUCAAU